GGCGCCUGGAGACUGGUGGUGUUCUUGCCGGGAGACCACGGGCGCUCGGUCGUUUGAAAAGGCUCAUGGAGCCCGCGAAUAUACCACGGGGACCUUGAGGAGGGAGCCAAGAAAGGGCGACGGCAAAUUCUCUGAGCAGCGGAGUUCUAUGGCUGAGAGUGGUCUCCGGGCUCCGGUCGUAGGGGCUCAGCUGGAAGCUUCCAGUGGUCUGGAAAAAUGCCGGAAGAACUCUGCAGAUGCUGGGAGGCAGCCCUUCUCUGGAAAGUCCUUUUAUCUGGAUCUGCCUGCUGGCAAGAGUCUCCAGUUUUUGACGGGGGCCAUCCAGCAACUGGGUGGGGUAAUUGAGGGUUUUCUGAGCAAAGAAGUAAGUUACAUCGUGUCCAACCGCAGGGAAGUGAAGGCAGAGAGCGGUGGGACAGGCCACAGAGGCUGUCCCAGCCGGGUCAAGGUGCAGACACCGUCCACGGCCCAUCCAAAGUGCGGCCACCCCGGGCCUCCACAGAAACCCGCAGACUCGGUGCCUUUGAGCAGGGGGAAGGAGCUGCUGCAGAAAGCCAUCAGAAACCAGGGGAGCGGCGGCGGCGGAGGUGGUGGGAGCAGCAGCAGUCUCCUGACCAGUGCCCGCUCCUGGGGAGUGAGGAUCCUGCAUGUGGACGAAAUGAUGAUGCACGUGCAACAGCUGUCUCUUGAUGCCUUGCGUGUGAAGAAACGGGGGCCAAAGAAGAAGCCAGAGGGAAUGUGUCCAGCAGAGUCAAGAACACGGAAAGUGGCCAGGCUGAAGGCGCCAUUCCUCAAAAUCGAAGAUGAGAGCAGGGAGUUUCGUCCUUUCCACUAUCAGUUUAAAUCCUUUCCUGAAAUUUCUUUUCUGGGACCCAAAGAUGGAAGCCCUUUUGAGGCCCCGAUGACCCGGCGCAGCUCACGUGGUACCAGAGAGCCCGAGGACCGAGAGCCCAGCCCGCGGUCGGCCACCCGCACCCAGCCCAGGAGGAGGAAGGGCUUCUGUGAGUGCUGCCGAGAGGCCUUUGAGGAGCUCCACGCGCAUCUCCAGAGCGCCCAGCACCAGGGCUUUGCCCUAGAAGCCCACCCGUAUGCAGAAGUCGAUCGGGUCAUUGCCCAGCUCAGCCACAGCUUGGUGGACACCCCCUUCCGGGCCGGCUCCCCCAGGCAGCUGGGCUCCCCGUGUUCAGAUCGUGACCUGCUGUGUCCCGAGACUCCACCACCUGGCCGGCCCUGCCAUCCCAGGGCAGCACCUCCCAGGAUGAAAGAGGAAGACGUGUGCCAGGCCUCAGGCACCCCAGAGCAGGCUGGGACGGCGGGCAGCAAGAAGGCACCUGAUGAGCCCAUGGGGGCUGGCAAGAUGCUGGGACCACUAGCAAGCUGCCAGGAACUGGGAGAGUCAGUUGACGUCAUUGCAGACCCCCCAGAGACACCAGUGUCCCGGAGCCCUGCACACCAGUGCCUCCUGACAAGCUCUGGUUCUACAGAACUCUCUGGCCCGGAUGUGGCGCUUGUUGGCCACAAGCGGAAGAUGCAGCUCCCCAGUGGCAAUCCUGAAAAGAGGUCAGGGGUCUCCCGGCCACAGGCCUCAUUCUUUGUUCCAAGAGCCACCAGCCCUUGCGGCGCCAGGACAGCCAGUGGCAGGCACCCUGUCUCCCUUCCCCCUCCAGACUGUGAGUACAGGCCUCUUGUCCCUCUCUUCCCCUGGUGCCACCCAGAGACCUGCCUCCCCCUCUCCACAGAUGGGCCAGCGGAGGGCUGGACCACACAGCCCCCUUGGCCAGGGGAAGAGAGCCCCCCACGAUCUGAGGGUUCUGAGUGUCCUGCCACUGGCCCUGGCUGACCAGCUCCCCUGCUGCCCUGUGGCUCCAGGCCAACUGUCAGCCCACCUGCACUCAGCAGCUGACUGACGUGCAGCCUGCAGGAGGGCCUGCAGAGAGCCAGUCUACCUCUGUUCCCUGCUCU